AUGUAUGAUAUGGGAUGUUUUUCUGCAAAUGGAUUCUAUCCAACGACGUCAUCAUGUUCUUCGAAUACGUCUUCACCCGAUUCGUUAAAACAUCAACGUCUACUGGUUACUGCCACACCUUCGCCUCCAAAUCUAACUCACCCGUUUUUUCAACCACCACCACCAUCACGACAACAACAACAGCAGCAGCAACAGCAACAACAGUAUCUUUUCGAUCAUCAUCGAUUUCGUUUCAAUCACAAUAAUAAUAAUAAUAAUAACAAUAAUAAUAAUAGUAAUUCGAAUGGUAAUAGCGAAAUUCAUUCAUCAUCAUCGUCAACUACGUCCAGUCAUGAUCAAAUGCCUCUUUGGCUUGCUACUCAACCGUCAGGGCAGCAAGCACAGCAGCAGAGUCCUGCAACAGUGAGAAUGAUCUCAGAGAACGGACCAGCCUUUCCAUUACCCUUACAUUUGCCACCUGGACAUAUGGUUCAACAGGUUCUUGAUGAGAAUGGUGUACUAACACAUGUUAUUAUGUCACAACCCGGACCACCUCCACCUCCACCACCUCAUCAUCACAUGCAUACCGGUUAUUCUCCGUCACCCUACAAUGGAUUGUAUGGGCAUCCACAUCAAUAUCAUAAUCCAAAUGUAUAUGGACCUUACACAGGUGAUACAUUAUCAUAUUCAUCACGUUCAAGCUGUAAUCAUACGUCAUCCCCUACUAAUCCCUCACAAUGUCUAAUACAUCCAGCUGAAAGUAAUGGUUCAACAACGACGACAGCGACAAGUGGAAAUACAUCUAUAUCAACAUCAUCAACAAAUUCCACAUCAAAUCAACAACGUCGUUCUCCUGUAUAUAAUACAAACACAAACAGUUGUGCAACAACAGGUGUAGCAUCUAACACACGAACUUUGAAUAGUUCUGGACAAAAACGACGAGUACCAUCAUCCAAUACGAACACGAGCUCAUAUGUAAAUAAUGGCACUUUGAAUGGCUCUGAUAAACCUCAGCAUCAUCAUGCUCAUCAUCACCCCCAUCAUCCAUCAGCAGCUCCAUUACCACCAACGCAUUAUUCAACAUUCUAUCCAGAAAUGGUUGUUCAACCGACAACCGAAUCAAUUGAUUUAACAUCUUCGGCUGAAUAUGAUAAAGAACGGCAAAUUAUAGAAAAGUGUCUCUCCAAAUUAUCUCUACCCAUCGUUCAAGAUAUAGAAAGUCGAAGUGUACUAGUAAGAAUACAACCUCCACGUUCAACUUCAUCCACGUCAUCACAAUCAGAAUAUUCGAUCGAUUUUACUAAUCUUAUUUACGAACUGUUAUUGUCAGAUAAAGGCAAAGAUGCCAAAUAUAAACAAGUCUACUGUGGUGAUGCUAACGAAAUAACGUUGAAAGAUCUGAAGCCAGCAACAGAAUAUCAUCUAAAAGUAUGUGCUUGUAUUGAUUCAUGUAAAGGUGAAUACACCAAUCCCGUUCCAUUUACAACUGAUCAAUGUGAACCUGAUCGACCUGCUCCGCCUAAACUAUUGGGUAGUCGGGUAAAAAAUUCUCUGACGUUAAAAUGGACAGCAACAGCUGAUAAUGGAUCCAAAGUCUUGAAUUAUAUUCUCGAAUACGAUGAGGGUAAAGGUCGAGAGUUUGUCGAAGUGUAUCGUGGUAUAAAGAAACAAUACCUACUAAGUAAACUAACUCCUGCCACGUUUUAUGCGUUCCGUUUGGCAGCCGAGAACAGUAUUGGACGAAGUGAAUUUAGUGAAACAAUUCGAUAUAGUACAUUGGGUACUAUUCCGACCGAACCAGAUCCACCCAUUCUAGUGGAAAAAGGCGUCAAGCACUUAACUUUAUCAUGGGCUCAACGCCCAAUAGAUGAAGCAUUUACUCUACAAAUGAAUGAUGAAGCGAAUUAUUUUCGCAAUAAAUACACGGGUCCGUUGUGUAACUAUACAGUUACUGACCUAUUUAGAAAUACCGAAUAUAAGUUCCGAUUGGCAGCACACAAUCAAGAAGGACAAAGUAACUAUUCGGCGAUUGUCACAUAUAAAACAUUACCUGAUCGACCGGAUCCACCAGCUAAGCCUCGAAUUAAAGGACAGUUACAAGCAACACAAUGUCGAAUUGUUUGGGACCCACCUAGAGAUGAUGGUGGUGCUGAUAUCCAACAAUAUCACCUUGAGUUAGAAGAAUCCAAAGUUGGAGAUGGCUUUCAUGUUACUUAUAAUGGAUUGGAAAGAGAAUACUUACUGGAACAACUGACACCUGGACAUUCAUACUCUCUUCGUUUGUCAUGUUCGAAUAUUGGCGGUCUUAGUGAUCCAUCAGAAAUCACUCAAAUAAAAACACCCGCUGUCGCCCCAGCAUCUUGUCAUCCACCGAAAAUAUCUGGCAAACCCAAAGCUAAUUCAUUGAAUCUUCGCUGGGCCUAUCCAGAUUACGAUGGUGGUGCACCAGUUAUAGAAUUCGAAGUGCAAGUAACGAAUCCAGACAGUUCAUCGCGUGUCGUCUAUCGCGGAGGUAAUCUCGAUUGUGCUGUUGCUGGUUUACUACCCGGUCGACCAUAUCUAUUUCAAGUUCGCGCUUUUAAUCGUGCAGGAGCUGGCCCAUGGUCAGAGUAUCUCGAUGUUCUUUCUGGGCCUGGUGUGCCAGAAGCACCGCGAAAUUUCCUCGUUGAAUGUCAGUCAGCCACUAGUGCCCUAAUCAGUUGGGAAGAAGGUGUGAAUAAUGGUGCAGCUAUCACAGAAUAUCGUCUCGAAUGGUCACGGAAAGAAGCAGAAGCUUUCAUGCAACUCUACUGCGGAACAAAUUGCACCUACGAAGCUAAAGGUCUCACACCGGUUACACAUUAUUUUUUCCGAGUACAAGCGGUUAACUCUGCUGGUGCUGGUCCAUACAGUAUGUUAGCCUCAUGCGUUACACCAGCUACAAUCCCGUCUGCCGUCACCUCGGUAAAAGUCCAUGCUAAAUCAACAUCAAUGACUAUAACUUGGAAAGAACCGUCCAGCAAUGGGUCACCGAUCACUGGUUAUUAUAUUGACAUAGGUGAAAAAGAGUUGAUUUUUGUCAGUGCUGAGUUGAAUGAAUACACAAUUGACGAAGUAUUACCUGAUACUGCCUAUAGAAUUCGUGUUCGAGCUGUGAAUACAAUCGGACCUGGUCCGUUCUCAUCAGUUGUUAAAAGUCAAACAAAAAGUUUACCACCUGACCCUCCGAGACUAGAAUGUAUCGCUGUAACCUGCAAUUCAUUAAAAUUAAAAUGGAACAACAGUACGACCAACCAUGUCCUAUCAGCAUCUGCAUCUGUGUCAACAGAGCCAUCCACGAGUACCUCUCGUUCAAUAACAUACAUCAUUGAAAUGGAAGGAAGAGAUGGAAGUUUCAACUGCAUUUAUACUGGAACGACCUAUUCACACAAGAUCAACAAGUUACAAGAGAAUACCUCAUAUAAUUUUCGUAUAUGUGCAAAGAACGAUUCAGGCGCAGGUCUAUGGUCAGGUAUUCAUACAUUUACAACAACUAAAGCACCACCAAAUCCACUAAAAGCUCCAAACAUCACUGAAAUUACAUCGACAUCGUGUGUAUUUAAUUGGCAAGCGCAUAAAUCGCUAGGAAAUGAUCCCAUUAGUUACAUUCUUCAAUUACAAAUCUAUCGACGAGACAAUGACUACAUUGAAAUCUAUCAUGGAGAAUUAACGUCUUAUCGAGCAACAAACUUAGAAGCCGGUGUUGAUUAUCGUGUACGUGUAUGUGUCAUCCGUUCGACAAACGAAGGUGUUACAUUGACCAGUCCAUUCAGUCCUGCAACACAUUUUGUUCUACCACGAGCAGAAGAUUUAGCUGCAGCACUAUCCGUAUCGAGAUCAUCGAAUACUCAUAUAGCAAAUGAUAAUCACUAUUCAGAACAACAAAAAGUAUCAUUAAUAAAUCGUUAUCGUUCAUUAGUGAGUCGAAAAUUGAAGUCAAUACAAUUAUUCGAAAGUCGAACAUUAACAGAUCAACAAUGGGCAAUUGUUAUCUUUGUUGGUUUUACAUUAUUAGCAAUAUUUAUUGCUAUAUUUGCUAAUUUUAUGUAUUCAAAAUAUACGAACGGUUCAUCAAUAUCAGUUGAUAAUGCCUCCUCUUCUUCUUCUUCUUCUUCCUCUUCUACUUCGUUUUCUCCCGGCAUAAAACAAUAA